UAGAGACACAGGUCAUGUAGGUGUUUGUACAUUAACAUCAGCCUGGAUACUGAAUCACUGCUGGACAUGGGGCACUUUAUCCACCACUGAAUCAUCACUAAAGCUAAAAUAUGGAGGAGAUCGUAGAUGUCAAGGCUCUGAGGGCCCGGUUCAACAAUAAGACCAGCACCUCGGACACCAGCAGCCGAGACAGCGGGUCCCCAAAAUCUCCACGACCUGGGUUUGGGAGAGCAAUCUUGCCAGUGACAGAUAACAAUCUGGCCCAUCACAGACUGUCUCCCUCUAUUCCUCCUCCUUUGACUGGCCCAGGGCUGGUGAGGUUCCCAAGGCCAGAGCCAACAGCCGCCUCCAGCCCCCUCAGACCUGCCUCUGUCCCGCGACCGCCUCUACAUUCUGGAGUCAGAGCACCCAUCCAGCCGGCAGACGCCAGCAAGGUCAAACAGACGGGGGAGAUGCUACAAAACAUGAUGCUGAGGCACCAGAUCCCUGCAGGUAUCAGACCAGCUCUGGCUCCAUCUCCAACUCCACCUCAGGCCCCUGCACCAGCUCCCACCUCCACCCCUCUCCGACAGCCGCCCAGACAGAGGAGCGCAGGGGAAGUGACCCCGCUGAGGAAGCCCCUGCCCCCUGAAGGACCCCUGCCCUUGAAGCCAAAACGGCCUCCGAGUGUCAACCUGGAGCCCUUUAUGAGGUUCACCCGAGGACCUGCCCUUCCUGCCCCGAGGAAAAGUGAUACAGGUUCCCCAUGUUCAGCUGGUAGAAAAAUGUCCCUGCCAGGAUUAGUCAGUCCUCCAAAACUGCCACAGCGAUCCAACAAACCAAGCAGACUGCCGCACCAGAUUGCCUCUAUAGACAUUGAUGAUAGCCAGGACACCUAUGACGACAUUGCAAGUUUUGAGAGGAAUGAGUCCUGGAGUGACAACAGUUCACAGUGUCUGGAUGGGGAUGAUGAUGAUGAUGAUGUAUAUGAGUUUAUUGAUGAGGACCAGGUGGGCGUGAAUCAAGUAAAUGCUGAGAAGAUAAGAAAGAAAGAAGCAAAGAAGCAUCGAGAACAGGAGAAGAAAGAACAGAUGGAGCGUCAGAAAAAAAAGAAUGAGCUGAGGAAGAACUUUCAGUUGCAAGGGGAGGUGGAGGUUCUUCAUACAGCCAAAGUCCGACACGAUUGGCACGGAGGAUCAAAACUGGACCUCAGUGUACGACAAGGCGAGAGUGUGGAGAUCCUUCGGGUGAAGAAUAACCCAGGAGGCAAAUGGUUGGCUCGGUCUCUGAAUGGAACCUACGGAUACAUCAGCAAUACAUGUGUGGACAUUGACUAUGAAGCAGUGAAGCGCAAAGUGCUCCAGUCCAAAAAAAUAGACACAUCACCAUUACCUCCACCACCUCCAGACCCCCCACAUAUGUUUGAUGUGGACUCCAAUAACAGAGACAGCAUGCUUCAGGAUGAUGAUGACUAUGAUGAUGUUCAACCAUUGACUGAGGAUUUCCCCCCACCACCAUUUGAAAUCAGCAUAGAUCCCAAAGUGGAGAAGGAGCUAAGAAAAAAAUUUAAGUUUGAAGGGCCACCCAGGGUCCUACACACCAUGAUGGUGGAUCCCAACUGCAUCUUAAAGAAGCCAGGAGGGAAGGAUCUGCAUGUGUCUCAGGGAGAUGUCCUGGAUAUUAUCCAGCUCACCAGCAGCAAGAAAGCUCUGUGUCGCAACAGGUUUGGAAAAUAUGGUUAUGUGUCCAGAUCACUUCUUCUUCCAAUGGAAGGAGACAUUUACGACGAUGUUGACUAUCCAAGUGACAUCUAUGACAACGACUCCACACACUGAUUUUUCAAACAUGUCAAACUUAACACACACACACUUUCACAGCAAGAAACACAAAUGUGGAAACAAACUAUAUGAAAGCUAAAAACGUGUGGGUACAAAUGCUUUAUUUGAAUCUAUAGCAGCUGUCCUGCUCUCAAACAAACAAACAAACAAACAAACUAGACUGUAACUCAAACUCAAACUCAAACUCAAUAAAACUAUAUAACUGUAUAAAGUCAUACCAAACUGAUCCAUGUGGAUAUACACAUACGUUCCCUGUGCUAAGACCUGUCAUCACUUGCAUUGUUUGUCAAACUGCUUGUAUAGCAAAUGAAUACACUAUUACUGUAGCUUUGUGUUUUGCUUGACCUCUGAGAUAACUUAAAAAUAAAUAAAAUAGCUUUUUUUC